AUGGCUUCCAGAUCAGAUGAGGAUCUCUGCUGUCCCGUCUGUCAUGACGUCUUCAGAGACCCUGUUCUUCUGUCAUGUAGCCACAGCUUCUGCAAAGACUGUCUGAAGAGCUGGUGGAGAGAGAAACAAACACGAGAGUGUCCAGUUUGUAAGAGAAGAGCUUCAAAGUUUGAACCACCUUGUAACUUGGCUUUGAAGAACCUGUGUGAGGCCUUCUUACAGGAGCGGGAUCAGAAAGCCUCAGAGGCGCUCUGCAGUCUGCACUCUGAGCAACUCAAACUCUUCUGUCUGGACCAUCAGCAGCCGGUGUGUCUCAUCUGCAGAGAUUCAGAAAAACACACCAAACACAGAUUCAGACCCAUCGGUGAAUCUGCACGACAACACAAGAAAGAACUUCAGAAAACUCUGGAGCUCUUGAGGGAGAAGUUAAAAAGUGGCAAACAAGUUAAGGUGAGGAUUGAUGAAACAACAGAACACAUUAAGAUCCAGGCCCGACAUUCAGAGAGGCAGAUAAAGGAGCAGUUUAAGAAGCUUCACCAGUUUCUAGAUGAGGAAGAGGAGGUAAGGAUGGCUGCACUCAGGGAGGAAGAGGAGCUGAAGAGUCGUAUGAUGAAGGAGAAGAUGGAGGCUCUCAGCAGAGAGAUAGCAGAUCUUUCACACACAGUCAGAGCCACGGAGGAGGAGCUGAGAGCUGAAGAUGUCUCAUUCCUGUACAACUACAAGGCAACAGUAGAAAGAGUCCAGCAGCGCCUCCUGCUGGAUGAUCUACAGUCGUGCUCAGGGGAUCUGAUAGACGAGGCCAAACACCUGGGCAACCUGACCUUCAACAUCUGGAACAAGAUGAAGGACAUGGUCUCCUACAGUCCUGUGGUUCUGGACCCAAACACUGCUCACCGAGAACUUGUCCUGUCUGAAGAUCUGACCUGUGUGAGACUAGGAGAGGAGCUGCAGCAGAUCCCUGACCAUCCACAGAGGUUUGAUCAUUACCGCAUUGUCCUGAGCUCUGAGGGCUUUAACUCAGGCACUCACAGCUGGGCUGUCGAGGUUGGGGACAGUGCACACUGGACACUGGGUGUGACAACAGAGUCUGUCCAGAGGAAGAGAGUCACAGAGUCUGGAUUAUGGAGAAUAGGGUUCUACAGAGGGAGAUAUUCACAGUGGUCACCACCAGCUCCAGUCACUGCUCUUUCAGUGCAGAAGAAGAUCCAGAAGGUCAGAAUUAAUCUGGACUGGAGCAGAGGAAAGCUUUCAUUCUCUGAUCCUGACACUAACACACACAUACACCUUCAUUUCCUAACGAUACAUCAGUACUGAAUGCACUAGUACACACAUGUAGGUACAAGGGCAGAAAAUAUGAAGUCAGAGAAUAAAGGGUUAAUGAUCUGGGAACUGUU